AUGCGGGCUAGAGUUUACGUCAGUCUCAAGAAAAGCGUUCUGGACCCCCAGGGCAAGACCAUCCACCACAGUUUGCAGAAUAUCGGCUUUCGAAAGAUUACCGAGGUGCGGCAGGGGAAAUUUUUCGAAAUCGACUUUGCCUCCGAGCUGACUCGGGAAGAAGUUCGGGCUGAAGUCGAAAAAAUAGCCGAGGACGUUUUGACCAACCCGGUCAUUGAGGAAUUCAGCUACCAGAUCGAGUAG